GCGACGAGCGCGACGAUGAACGAAGAGGAAGCCACUUACGCGCUGAAAACGAUGAACUACAUCAGACGAAUAGAGAAUAAAGCCGCGGAGUUGUACAGGGCGCGAUUGAUCAACGGUUUCCUUCAUUUGUAUUCCGGCCAGGAGGCAGUGGCCGUGGGGAUGAAAAUGUCGAUGGCCGGAGCGGAUAGUUUGAUCACAGCUUACAGGUGUCACGGAUUCGCGGUGGUGUUCGGAGUGUCGGCACGGCAGGUUCUCGCGGAAUUGAUGGGUCGGCGGACUGGGAUCUCGAAAGGGAAAGGUGGAUCGAUGCACAUGUACGCGACAGGAUUCUACGGCGGCGAUGGGAUCGUCGGCGGUCAAGUGCCGAUCGGCGCCGGGUUGGGAUUCGCUCAUAAAUACAACGGCACCGGCGGAGUCGCGUGGACGCUCUACGGCGACGGAGCGGCGUCCCAGGGUCAGGUUUACGAGGCGUACAAUAUGUCGAAACUUUGGAAUCUGCCGGUAGUCUACGUCUGCGAGAACAAUCAGUACGGAAUGGGGACGGCGGCGCACAGGCACUCGGCGAAUACAGCGUUUUACACUCGGGGAGAUCUGAUUCCAGGCGUGAAAGUGAACGGGAUGAGCGUGCUCGAUGUACGCGAGGCGGUGAAAUUCGCCAGAGAACAUGCUCUUCGAAACGGUCCCAUCAUCCUGGAAAUGGACACGUACCGGUACUACGGACACAGUAUGAGCGACCCGGGCACUUCUUACCGCACCAGGGACGAAACGAAGCGAGUUCAGGCGGAACAAGAUCCCAUCUCGACGCUCGCCGAACUUCUCGCGAAGAACGGCUUGAAAACCGAAAAGGAAAUCGAGGCGAGCGUUCUACGUUUUCAAUUUUUAUUUCCAUUCUCAUUUUCGCCCUCAUUUCUCUCGGCUGCUCCGUCCCACUCGGUAUUACGUUAUUCCUUAUCAAACAGGAAAUACGAAGCAGCGUUUGGAAGAAAGUGGACGAGGAACUGGAAGAGGCGAAAUCGGACCCAUUUCCGGAGCUGGCGGACAUCGCGAAGCACGUAUACGCGAAUCCGUUAACGAAAACGCGAGGCAAGGUACCUUGGCAAAUUCAUUGAAGACAUGGAAACCCGGCCGUUUUCGUCGCGUUAAAAUCUUCCUGUGUUCUCGGAAACCGAUUGGUUAAAUAAAUCACACUUCGGCUGGAAUCGGUGGACUCUGAUUCGAUUCGCGACGAAGGAACGUUGAUCUCGUUCGAUCCUCGUACCCGACGAGCGAAAGAAAACAAUGAGAGAAACGGCAGGCGAUGGAAUGCAAACUUGCCGUUUGUUUCCCGGUGUGCUCUUACAUUGGUACGUCAAUUGGUGCGAUCAAUUAAGACGUCGUUUGGGUCGCGCUCGCGGCCGAAAGACCGCAGAUAGAAGGACGGAGUGAACGCGACGAGGACGGAAGCUCGUCGCCGCAGAGAGACGCACGGCCGAAAAGAAUGAGUCAGUCGCGGCCGGUUGGA